AUGUCUUUCGCAUCGUCGUCUCAGCAGGAUAUUCAAAAGCUGUUAGGCCGGCGCAGUCUCACGGUCGUACCCCGGGACCAGCAGCACAUUCUCGACCAAGACGGAUCGUGGGCCGUGGAGGCAAGUCAGCGUCAGGGUCAACCUCAAGUGCCCAGUCAUGUGCUGGACACUAUCACGGAAGCAUUUUUGCUCAGAAAGAGGCGCGAGGGCAAGCCGGUCAAUGUGUACAAGCUGCCUGAGAGGGUUCAGCCUGGCGUCCAAGGGAAAGAGAAUGAGAUUGCCGACAAGCGUGGCACAGUCGAUGCAGCCGACCUUCCUGAAACUAUACAACGCAGCAGCAACGUGGUCAGAAACAUCGAUCGCUUCAAGCACCAGGAGGACCAGGAACGGCAAGAUGCUUGCCAUGAUCAACAAAUCCAUGGCGAGUCCUCAACUUCGAGAGCACAUACCCCUUUGACGUGGUCGCCUUCUCCAGAUAGAGGUGCUCCAAAGCGACCUACCACACCUAGUCGUCCGAUCAUAAGCGCCGCGGAGGAAGACAGGGAAGACGAGGAAGACGAGGAAGACGAGGAAGACGAGGAAGAUGAGCGAGAUGAGCAAGAUGAGCAAGAUGAGCAAGAUGAGCAAGAUGAGCAAGAUGAGCAAGAUGAGCAAGACGAGGAAGACGAGGAAGACGUGCAAGACGAGGAAGACGUGCAAGACGUGCAAGACGAGGAAGACGAGGAACAUGAGGAAGAUGAAAUGGACAUGCAGCUGCCUCAAGCUUACAAGAAGCCUGAUGCCAGGAUCAAUCUGGAGUCCACUCGACUUCUACAAGCAACAUCCACACCCGCCACGAACAUAGCUUCACAGGCCGUGGCAAGCGAAACUCCGCCUUGCGCUCAACCAGAGCCCAAGAUUAUCCCCGGAACCGUGGUCGCAGAACGAGUAUCCGCCCCCGUUGAAGCCCGAAAAGAGCACCAACGGCGUCGUUUAUUCAAGCCGAUCGAGUUCGGGGACACCACCUCAAUCAAGCCUGUCGCCGCAUCGACAUCAUUCACCCGCCUCCCCAACACAUUACGUACAGAAGAAGUAGAAAGCUCGCCAUCUACCUCAUCCAGCUCCCUCGUCCCAGCUACAUGUGUAACAAGGUCAACUUCAACCCAAACCCCAGCCACCGCCGCCCUUCCCCUUACUUCACCACUGCCUCUUCUGAGCCCCCACGACCAAGAACCUCGCUCCGUGGCGUCUUCAGCAACCCAUGUGUCCGCGGGGUCUCGACCGCAUUCUAUCAACGAAAGAAUCUCUCCCCCUGCAGCCUCUUCAAACCUGUAUGAGCUCUUCACAUACGCGUACCCGUCCUACCCGUCACACAGUGGUACCCUAAAAAACUUCGUCAAAGCCUGCCUGUCCCUGAAGUACCUUCAGUCAGCGCGUGCCCUCCAUGAAUUCCUCUACGACGACUUCAUCCGUGCCUUUUCAAAAGACUAUCUGGGAUACGUGGCCGGUGCGCGGGCAGGACAGGAGCCAUUGCCCGCGAUCGAAUGGUUCAACAUGCGGUCAGGCGUGCCGCAGUGCGACAAAAUGGUGAUUACAAGGCAAAAUCUACAGGAUGUGCUUGACAUGUUCCCGGAGGAGGUUGCCAGGGCGAGACGGCGUAUUUGCAUCGAGGCCAGUGAAACUGCGGAAGGGAGUGUGCUGGGAAAGCGACAAAGACAAUUCAGCGGAGACGACGUUGUGAAUUUUGAUGUUGAGGCACCGGACAUCUCGCACCGUAGGGCUGCAAAGAGGACACGCCCCCAACCAGCGUCGCCAGAGUUGGGGUCCGACGCUCCCGAUCUGCCCGAGGCAGCUCCCCCGCCCCCGUCAGUUGUGAGGCCGAAAGCUUCGGCGGAAUUCCAGUAUUUCGAAAGAUUAGCAUCGGCUAGUACGAGCAACGUGCGGGGGCCGAGAUCCGCCAAGGGGAGAGCCCUACUGCGUGAGCACUUCAGAAAGAAGAAGGCCAGUAGCAGUGCGCGGAGUUCACUGAGUUGA